AUGGCUCUCCACGUGCCCGAGGCCGGCCUGUCGCUCUGGCGUGGGGAUCUGCCCGGCAACGCCUCUCCAGACCCUCACUCGAAGCCGAACCAGAUAAUGCGUCUCAAUCUCGCCCAAAAUACACUGGACGAACUGGUCGACGCCCUCAGAAAGGACCAGAAAGCUCGCCUACGAUUAGGCAAACACCAAACCCUCUACUACGGCUCCAAGUCUCAGCAUUUCCACUCCUCCAUCGAGCACCAGCGGUCCGAACUCUAUCGAACCAACGCCUCCGACCGAGGGAAUCUAUACUUUUCUGGCCUUCUCAGUCAUAGUCUGGAGGUGCAAAAAGCAAAAGAAGCGACCUCCGCUACAGACGAAGCCCUGGCCAAUCUGGAGCAAAGCUUAAGUGCCUUUGAAAGAGGCAAGGAGUCCAAGAAAACACAGCUGGUAAACCUCAAACCCGAUGGCAGGCGGUCUCACGGCAGAGCCCUUCUAAGCAAGACCGAUCUCGAGAAGGAACGCUUCUUCAACAACCGUUCAAUCCCCAACAGUCCCUCAUUUGGGGCAGCUCGUUCCCCGGCUUCUAUCCCUGCCGUCACUCCCACCUCAGCCCCACCCUCACACAACAAACGGAAAGUUCGCAUCGAUGCUUUGAAAGUACCGUUUAUGCACCUGCUAGCCGUCACUCCAGUGUCUGUUAAAUACCUUGCUCAGACAACUCGCUCGUCACAAGAGGACUGUCUUGAGCUGGCGCGGAAAUACGGAGUGGAGAAUCGAAUUGACCCCUCCAAAUUCAACCUCAAAGACAGAUACUACAAAGAACUAGAUAUUUGGAAUUUCCCCUAUCCUAACGAGGCCGACCGAUCAUCAGCAAUUGAAAGUGCCAUUUCGGCCUUUGAUCGACAACGCAUUUCCCCUUCAGACAAGCUCUGGCAAAUGCUGAAUUCGAAAGAAGAGAAAGCAAGAGGCGUUUGCAAAUCAAGACUGAAGCUACAAACUGGUCCACAACCACCGCAAAUUAAAGUCCACGCAUCUGAAGAAGCUGGGAAGGAAGCGUUGAAAGAAGGUUACAAUACUGGCAACGAAACUGAUCGCACGAAUGGGCGAUUGACGCCGACAACUCCAGCUCCUACAAAAACAAUGCAGUCAAAGAAGAAGAGUGCCCCUGCCAAGUCUAAGAAUACUACCCUAGCAGGGCGGGUAACCAAAAAGACCGACAAGAAGGCUCCUGCAAAAUCUGAGGGGAAAUUCAAAUCCGCCGAGUUUGUCCACGAUUCAGAUGAAGACAUCGAUAUGGCGGAAGCUGCGCCUUUAGCUUCCCCCCCCACUCCUCCUGCUAAGAAGCCUACAACUUCGACAGAAACGACUAAAGUGGCGGAAAGUAGCAAAACAACAGAAGCUAGCAAAACGACAGAAGGCAGCAAAGCAACGGCUAAAGCGAAGCCAGACGCCAAGAUUGCAGCUGCCAAAGCAAGUACCACGACACGCUCUCCAGUCGUCAAACCCCAAGUCACAAUGGAGCCACGUCCACGGAGUAUCAAAACAGUUCCUGUUACCUCCAACAACACCUCCUCAAAGACACUGUCUGGACCUCGCUCGACAAAGCCUACAUCACCUGUGAAACCCUCUCCACUGGCAUCUUCACCCCCGACCAAUGCAUCCGACUUUGGCAACUCUACACAUAAUUCGGGUCAGACGAGUUCAUCUAGUUCUUCGCCGUUAAUGGCACAGAUAUCAAAGCAACCAAAGACAAAGCCAGCACCGAUUGCGAAGCCGAAAGAUAGCGUGCGGUCCAAUGGAACAGCUAAGCCUUCGUCCGACAGAGCAAACACUCUGAAACGAAAGACUUUACCUGAGCAGACACCAGCCGGCCGUAUGAACGGACACAGCGACGAUAUCAAACGUCGGCGACCAAUGUCUCCAGCUGGUACCAGCUCUGGCAGUGCAUCACCGCCACUUAACCGGGACCAACUUCGGCAACAACUGCGGCAAAAAUCAAUGGAUUUCAAAAAGCUAUACUCCAAGUACCGCAGCCUGCACGAUUCUGUUGCGAACCAAAUGGACCCUACGCCGUCUGAUUUGAGCCGCUUGAAGCAAAUGCAUGCUCGGGUACAGCGAACAAAGAAGGAAAUCUGGGACGAAGACCGGAGAUUACGGGGAUACCAAGGGUGA